GCCAUGGAAGAUAUUACCCAAACGCAAAGUCAGUCGCACGCAGCCGGCUUGGAGGCAUGACAGCUGCCUGCAAGAACUGAUCUUGGCACCCUCGCGGCGCGCCGAGCCCGGAUGUUUCUUUCCAGAGGGCUGCUUGUGGCCGGCCUGGUGCUCUGCGCCUGCGGUGAGGACAAGGAGGGUGCGGCCUCACAAGUGACGACCCUCACGGACAGCAACUUUGAGGAGUUGGUUGCGCGAGGUGCGGGCAAGCCCUGGGCGGUGAAGUUCUAUGCGCCUUGGUGUGGGCACUGCAAGGUGCUGGCGCCCAAAUGGGAGGAAUUGGCGGAGAAGCUGCAAGGCGAGGUGAACGUGGGCAAGGUGGACUGCACGGAGUCCCAAUUCAUCGGCAACAUGUUCGACGUGCACGGAUACCCCACGCUCAAGCUGAUCUCUGAGGGCCAGAUGUACGCGUUCAGCGGGCCCCGCAGCAUAGAGGCUUUGGUGGCAUGGGCGCAAGGAGGCUAUAAGAGCCAAGAGCCGACCAUGUAUCCCUUCGAUAGGUCCGCUUUUCACCAUUACCAGAUUAUGGCUUCGACAAUCUUUGCGAAAUACGGGUUCUACAUCGUCGGGGUCCUUUUGGUCGGCAUCGGCGCCAUGAUUUGCCUCCUUGAUCCAGGUGCUCCGGUCGCUAUGCCGAGUCAGCCAGAGGCGAAGCCCGCGCAGGGCGCGGAGAAGGAGGAGGCUGAAUCCAAGAAGGACUCCUGAGCGAACCAGCACUUUUGGAGAGCCAUUGCUAUGGAUGCUCAGAGGUCAGUCCUUGCACGCAAAUGCAUGGGCCAAGAGGCCCUUUGUGGAAGGUUUCCGUUGACUGUGUUUGAGUCAUCGAGCUUGCACUUGUGCGGCCCGGGGCAUUAGAGCGCAUGCCCCUCACAGGGUGGAGGGUGUCAGAGACAGGCCAUUGAGGCCCAAACACCACCCCAGCUCGUUUUGAAUCACUCCCCAGGUGCCUUUUGUAAUGUGACAAGCCUACUUGAUUGAAAGUGCCCAGG